AUGAUUCCCAAACACGUAUUAAAUGCAACUGAUCAGUUGUUAAAAGUUGUUUGCAAUAACAACUUUCCGUUUGGUGGAAAAGUAAAUCUUUUUUGUGGUAACUUUAGGCAAAUAUUGCCUGUUGUGAAAAGAGGAAAAUUAGCUGAAAUUGUAGAAUCAUGUAUAAAAUGUUCUUUACAAUGGCAUUGGGAGGAAGUUCCUUAUAAAGGAUGUAUUGAAACACCGGAACAGUGUAUUAUUAUAGAAAACGAAUCAGUUGUUGAAAAAAUAUAUGGAGAUGCUCAACAAGAUGAUUAUGCUAAACGUGAAAUUUUAACACCCUUUAAUGUGGAUUCAUUGUCAAUCAAUGAAGAAGUGCUUGAACGUCUACAUGGAGAGGUAAAAACUUAUUUAAGUGUUGAUCAAUUAGAGGCUGACUAUUUUAAUAAAAUAAAUAAUUUCCCUGUUGAGUUUUUGAACAGCUUAACUCCUUCAGGUAUACCUACUCAUUGUUCAAAAUUGAAAAUUAGUUGUGUAUUUACGCUACUUAAAAAUUUAGAUCUGAAAGCUGGGCUAUGUAAUGGCACCCGAAUGAAAGUUUGUGCUCUCCAAAACAUUUUUAUUAAUGCAGUGGUUUUGACAGUUGUUUCUGAAGGUAAACGUGUAUUUGUUCCUAGAUAUAAGUUGGCUCCGUCGGAUUCUAAUUUACCUUUUGCUCUCAAACGUCGCCAGUUUCCAGUCCGAUUGGCAUAUUCUAUGACAAUUAAUAAAAGUCAAGGUCAAACGUUUGAUAGAGUUGAUGUUUCUUUGAAAAAACAAUGUUUCUCUCAUGGUCAAUUAUAUGUAGCGCGUUCAAGAACAUGCGCGUUUAAUAGUUUUUAA